AUGUGUGAACAAAAGUGGUAUCAACAUACAGCAAGAACAAUUACAAUAUAUGUGAUAAAGCAUAUGAUUGAAAGUGGUAACGAUGUGCAAGCGAAUGUAGAGCAUCAAUCAUGCAACAUGAGUAAUAAUAUGUGUGAGCGAAAAUGGUAUCAACAUGCAACAGGAAAAAUUAUGAUGCAGCAAGAACAAUUACGAUAUACGAAAGUG